AUGGGUUCCCUGCCGAUUCCUGAGAGCCGCUUUGGCCAUCUCGAUGAUGUGCCCAUGGACGAAGCCUUCAUGAUCAUGCGCGACUUUGCGCUGGAUGAGCAUCCUGGCAAGAUAAGCUUGGGAGCCGGUGUUUACCGCGACGACGAGGCUAAGCCGUGGGUGCUGCCGAGCGUGAAGGAGGCCGAGAAGCGCAUCAUUGAGGACCCUACCGUCGACCAUGAGUACCAGCCCAUGACGGGCUACGCGCCCUUCGUCGCUCACGCCCAGAAUCUCACCUUCGGCCCCCUGACCCCCCAUCUGGCUCCCCGCAUCGCCUCCAUCCAGACCAUCUCCGGCACGGGUGCCAACCACAUGGCAGCUCGCUUCCUGGCCGACUCCCUGCGCGCACAGCGUGUCUGGAUCAGCGAUCCCACCUGGGGCAACCACCAUCUGAUCUGGGACGUAUCGGCUCCGGGCGUCAAGCAAUGCCUGUACCCGUACUACAACCCGGCCACCUGCGCGCUCGACUUCGAGGGCAUGAUUGCGACGCUUGACCGCGACGCUCAGCCGGGAGACAUCAUCCUGCUCCACGCAUGCGCGCACAACCCCACCGGCAUCGACCCGACCCCGGAGCAGUGGGAGGUCAUCGCCGACCUGUGCGAGCGCAAGCAGCUGUUCCCCUUCUUCGACUCGGCCUACCAGGGCUUCGCGUCGGGCGACCUGGACGCCGACGCGGCGUCGAUCCGCCUCUUCGCCGAGCGCGGCCUCGAGCUGGCCGUGGCGCAGUCCUUCUCCAAGAACUUCGGCAUCUACGGCCAGCGGGCGGGCGCGCUGCACGUGCUGCUGGCCCACGAGCAGGCGCUGCCGCGCACCCUCAGCCAGAUGGUGCGCCUGGUGCGCGGCGAGUUCAGCACCACGCCCGUCCACGGCGCGCGCAUCGUGGCCACGAUCCUGAGCGACCGCGACCUGCGCGAGCGCUGGCUCGUCGACCUGCGCGUCAUGUCGGCCCGCAUCAAGGAGAUGCGCCGCCGCUUGUACGACGAGCUCGUCCGCCGCGGCACCCCGGGUUCCUGGCGCCACAUCGUCGACCAGAUCGGCAUGUUCUCGUACACGGGACUCAACAAGAGGCAGGUCGUCCGUCUGCGCGAUGAGCACCACAUGUACCUCAUGAGCUCCGGCCGCGCGUCCAUCGCCGGCUUGACCUCCAAGAACGUCGUGGCUGCUGCCGCGGCUAUCGAUGCCGUCGUCAGGGCCGAGAGCGCUUAG